AUGAUGGAAAACGGCGACGUUGUCUUGGCCUUUCUGGAUUGCCAGCCACUGGAGGGCUACAGGAGCAUCAGAUUGAAAGCUGGACACCCAGAAGAGGUGGACAUUACCAUGGCAGAUGGUAGACAGCGAACAAUAGUGGCGCAUCGCGAUCAGGGCCUCGCGGUCCAAGGUGACCCUGCAUACAGGCUUGCUGUGGGACACGUGGUGAGCUGCAAGCAGAAGUGCAACCGUGUGUGCGAGCACGCUGCGGCGGCACAAGCGUCGGGAGCGUCGGUGAAGUUCCCGCUCGUGGCUCGCUGUCGGAUACCCUCUUCCCAAACCUGA